AUGGCAAGAAGAUAUGAACCCAAUCACAGGAGCUACUUAAAUGGCCGUUUAAUAACAGGUCCAGACAAGAUGUACUUUAUAUCUGCGAUAUUACUUAUGUUCAUACCAGAGAUACCAUUCUUAGUGACUGUAUGCCCAUUGUUUGUAGAAUAUGUGACAGCAGCUAUAUAUCCUAUAUCUAUAUUCUUGUGGCUGGUAUCAUUCGUCUAUCUAUUUAUUACAUCAUACACUGAUCCAGGCAUUGUUCCACGAGGAGUGUACAACGAUCAGGAGAACCCAUUCGCAUCAGACCACAGGCAACCAUUGUACAAAACCAUAGUCAUUAGAGAAAUACAGCAUGAGGUUAAGUGGUGCGAGACAUGCAGUUUAUAUCGGCCUCCACGAGCCAAUCAUUGUGGAAUAUGUAAUAGUUGCAUAGAGCACUUUGAUCAUCAUUGCCCUUGGGUUGGCAACUGUAUUGGAAGAAGGAAUUAUAAGUUCUUUAUGUACUUCUUGAUAACACUUGGAUUCAAGUGCUGCUUCAUCAUUGGAUUCUGCAUAGCACAUAUUGUGAUCAGCGCACAUCGAGUGCGCGAGGAUCAUCCAAUGUAUAGCUCGGCCAGUGUGUUUGGACACGCCCUGAAUGCCUCGCACUACCUCUCCAUCAUACUCAUUGUAUAUGCACUUGGCGGUCUGAUGUUUGUCGGCAGUCUUGGCGGCUUCCACUGCUUCCUCAUUGCCACUGGACGCACCACCAACGAGAAGCUGAAGCGAUCCUUCAAGAAAGGCAACCCCUUCAAUCUAGGCAUCAUCAAGAACUUUAUCCAUGUAUUCUUUGCUCCACAUUAUCCAAGUUAUUACAGACAUUACAAACUCAAGGAGAGAGAGUUAGUAUCUCUUCCAUCAAAUCAGACGGCUGCUGCGGCGGCAGCAGGUGGAAGUGGUAGCGCGAUCGGUACAGGCAACACCAACAACAACAGCAGCAGUGGAAGUAGUAGCAGUAAUCGAAUGAAUUCACCAAUGGACCCAACCAGUCCAGUC